AUGCCGGCCCGGCUCUCCUGGCCCGAGGCGGCGGCGCUGGCGCUGCUGGUCCUGGCGAUGCUGGUCACCCUGUGCCGGCACCUGUGGGCGCUGCGCUGGAGCCUCAGCCGGGACCGGGCCAGCGCCCUGCCCCUGCCCAAGGGCUCCAUGGGCUGGCCCUUUUUUGGGGAGACUCUGCACUGGCUGUUCCAGGGCUCCCGCUUCCAUAGCUCACGGCGGGAGAGAUACGGAAACGUCUUCAAGACCCACCUCCUGGGCCGGCCCGUGGUGCGGGUGACGGGCGCUGAGAACAUCCGCAAGAUCCUUCUGGGCGAGCACACGCUGGUCAGCACACAGUGGCCCCAGAGCACCCAUAUCAUCCUGGGCUCCCACACCCUGCUCAGCUCCACCGGUGACCUGCACCGCCAACGCCGCAAGAUCCUGGCCAGAGUCUUCAGCCGUGCUGCCCUGGAGAGCUACCUUCCACGGAUCCAGAAGGUUGUGAGCUGGGAGCUGCGGGGCUGGUGCAUGGAGCCGGGCUCCAUCGCAGUUUAUUCCUCCGCUAAAACCUUAACUUUCCGCAUUGCAGCUCAGAUUCUGCUGGGGCUCUGCCUGGAGGAAAAGCAGUUCAAGGAUCUGGCCAAAACAUUUGAACAGCUGGUGGAGAACCUCUUCUCCCUGCCCCUCAACAUACCCUUCAGCGGGUUGCGCAAGGGAAUAAAAGCACGGGACAUGCUCCAUGAGUUUAUGGAGAAGGCUAUACAGGAAAAACUGCAGAGAAGCAACCCAGAAGAUCACAGUGAUGCUCUGGAUUUCAUAAUGAACAGUGCCAAGGAGCACGGCAAUGAAUUCACCGUGCAGGAGCUAAAGGAGUCAGCAAUUGAGCUCAUAUUUGCUGCUUUUUUCACCACGGCUAGUGCCAGCACCUCUCUGAUCCUCCUGCUACUGAAGCACCCCUCAGUGAUUGAAAAAAUAAGGCAGGAGCUGAUGUCCCAUGAACUGUACCAGCAGUGUGAGUGCCACCCUGCAGGACCCUCCCCAGACACCCUGACCAUGCAGAGCAGGGAUAGAGAGAAACCACGUUUCCACUCCGUGGCCAAAGAUGUUCACAAGGAUCAAAGCCAGCCCCCGGCCCCAGUGGAGGAAGGUUCCCUCCAGUCUGGUGCCCUGCUGGAGCCCAUCCUCCCCCAGAGCAGCCUCUGCACUGGCUCCCAGCUCCAGGCACCAUCAAGGCAGAGCUGUCAUUGCUCCUCGGACAUCAGCCUGGAGAAGCUGAGCCGCCUGCGCUACCUGGACUGUGUGAUUAAGGAGGUGCUGCGGGUGCUGCCCCCAGUCUCCGGAGGCUACAGGACGGCACUGCAGACUUUUGAGCUCGAUGGCUACCAGAUCCCCAAAGGCUGGAGUGUCAUGUACAGCAUCCGUGACACACAUGAGACAGCUGCUGUCUACCAGAGCCCCCCCAGCAGCUUUGACCCAGACCGCUUCGGUGCCGCCCGGACGGAGGCUGCAGGCCGGUUCCACUACAUCCCCUUCGGUGGUGGGGCACGGAGCUGCAUCGGGAAGGAGCUGGCACAGGCCAUCCUCAAGCUGCUGGCCAUCGAGCUGGUCAGCACAGCCCGCUGGGAGCUGGCCACCCCUGGCUACCCCGCCAUGCAGACCGUGCCCAUCGUGCACCCCGUCGAUGAUGGGCUGCAGCUCUACUUCCACCCCUUGUAGCCUGGCCAUGGCCGUGGGGCCUGAGCCAGGGGUGCACUGCUCCCCUCAGCCCUGGAGCUGAUGCCCCUCCACAGCUGCUGGGUGCAGGUCUCCACUGCCUCAGGCUGGGUAUGGCACUGGGUCACUGCAGAGCAAAACCUAAAGGUCUGUUUCUCCCCUCCUAGUGUACAGGCUGCUAGGGAGGGUCCUGCACCCCUGAGCACUAGGGUGAACCUCAACCCCAGCCUGGGGGCAAAACCCACUGAAGUUGCUGGCAGGGAGCAUACGCCAUGAGGGCUCAGAGAGCCCCCACUCCAUACAGGGUUGUGGAGCAAAACUCCCAGGCCCACAGCUACGGCUCCCAGAGCAUUUCUGUCACCGGGUUGUCUCCUGUGUGUGUGUUUUAGGAGAGGCAGGAUGAACAUCCUGAACACUGUAGCUUUUUAGAUGUAAAAAGAAGGAAGAUGGGGGCUCUGCAGGAAAACACAAGACAGAGCUGCCCAAUUCAUGGCAUCAGCUCUAGCUAGAAUAAUAGGGUGUAAAGUGGUUUUUAUUAUAAAUAUUUAAUCUCAUUCCUGCACUUCCCAUUAGAGCUGGCACAAAGAGGGUAUCUCUCAUUCACCCAGUAGUAGUAGCUGCAUAUGUUGUGUUGAGCACUGUGCUGCUGCUUGGGGUCUGCCAUGAAGCCCCACUCUGGGUUCUCCACAGGAUGUACUGAAGCAUGGGAGGGGGCUUUGGGAAGAAAACAUUUAGAAAAUGGACAUUUCUGGAUAUGUCUGAUUUGUGGUAGACAGUCCCUUGUUCCUGGUGAUGCUGUUCACACUGCAGAGGGGACAUUUGCAAGGUGAUACAGGCCCUGUGGUGGCUGGCUGGCCAGACUGACCUUGUCACCUGUCAGCCUAGCUCUGCCAGGGAAAGUGCCAGGACAGCAGCUCCAGGGUCCAUCCACAGGGUGGUAGCUGGGGCUAAGCUUGGGUUCUGAAAGCACCUUUCUAGAUGGCUUUUGAGUACCACCACAGGGUGUUUCUCUCCCGUGUAAAAUGAAGUGAGUCCUGUUGCUUGUGUACUGAUAACAGAGCUGGAGCCAGAUCUUUGAUCCGCUACAACAUGUUUAUAGGCUUCUUCAAUUUCCCCUUUGCUCCCCACUGUCACGCAUCCUGUGUGGAUGCAGUGGGGAAAAUAAUCCGCCUUGUCCUUCCAGAGCAUCCUGUGCCUGGUGGUGUGGUGUGCUCUAUGUGAAGCACCAGCUUGACCUGUGAGGGCCAAAAUGUUGCACAGUGUCCCUUUGAAAAGGCCCUGGGAGCUCUCCAGUCUCCUGAAACUCUGUCAUCAUCCUGCUUCAGUACGAGGCUAGAAAUGACCUCACCCUGGCCAGUCCCCCUUGACUGUGUUGGGGCACUGCAGCAGGGUGUGUGCCGCCGUUGGCUGUCUGAGGGCUGCGCAGUGACCACUCCACUACCUGGGGCAGAAAUGUGGCUCCCAAAUGUAACAGGUCAAAUCUGGAAGAGGUUGAACUGCAGGGCUGAGUUAAGUGCUGUUGGCAGGCCAGCCCUGUAGCGAACCAGAGCCUCUGCCCCUCCUGACCUUGUCCUGAAAGGUGAAUCUUUUGCUUAUCUGAGGUGAAAUCAGUAGAUGGUGGGUGCAAGGCAAUGACUAACUUUAAUUAGCAGGAGCUGCUGGCUGACUGAGACCGCGGACGAUUCAGGGUCCCACCGCAGGCAGGGCUGCGGGCAGGGCUGAGCCCGGUGCAGAAGGGUCGGGGCUUCUCCAGCAGCGCACUUAAAAAUUACCCCGAGCGCUAACGAGCCCUGUAGCCACCCGCUGAAAAAUGUAACAUGAAUCUAGUUAAAAAAAAAAAAACUUGAAACUGAUUUUGUUUGCAGAUAAACACGAGCAUUUACAAAUGAAGUGUAAUAAUUGUUACUUGUAAUCAAAGUUUGUUCAUAUUAGGCUGUUAAUUUCUUGACCCCCUUCCAAGAUGUUUUUAAUUAUCCCUUUCACUCUUUACCAUUUGAUUCUUUUCAAGCCGAUGGCUGGGGAAUACACAGCUGGGGAGAUAAUAAAGCCUUCCUGUGGCAAUUAUCGGUGCUCAGGCCACCGUAUCUCGUUAUUUUGAUAGACAGUGAACUUGGCGCGGUUGCCGGCCGGGUUCACGCAGAUGUCACGGUCCGUGUUGUAGGUCACAAGCAGGUCAGCGCCCGGCAAGGGGAGAGCGCCGGGUCAGGGCGCGGCCGCCGCUCCCGGACGGGCGCCGCGGAAUCGCCCGGGACUGCGGCGUACCCCGAGAGGCUGCUGGCUACGGGGCCGGGGGACUACCCUCUGGGGAGGGCCCCUCUUGGGCAAGGGGGUGCGGAGGGCUGCAGCUCCGCUCCCGCAAGGCAUCGUAAGAGCAGGGAGGGUCCCGUGUGAUGCGUUGAUUGUUAGAAAAAUAAUAAUUAAAAGUGACAUCUCCCUCUUCCAUACACAGACACACACACAAAACUUCCAGCGUUUAUUGGGCUUGUCU